CGGGCGCCGGGGCUGCGCUGCCGCGGAGGAGGGACCGGAGGAGGGGCCGCCGUCGGGGUGUCUCCGCCCAGAUCCCGCGCCACCCGGACCCCGGCAGGUGGGCCGAGAGGUUCCCGUGGAAGUUGCAAGUGGACCCCACGCGGAAGGCCUUCCCUGAAGCAUCUGAGAAUCAGGUGCCCGCGGGGCGUGUCGCCCCCGACACUUGGGAGCCUGUCGCCGGCACACAGGGUGCCCUCCCGUCCUGGACCCAGAACUGCCGCGUCUUCCGGGGGAACCGGGCGUCGUCGGCCGACUCCUGCCCCCGAGAUGGAGAGCGCUGCCUGCCUGUCCCCGGAGGUGGAGCUCCUGGACGUCCCACUCGUGGAGGACGAGAGAGAUGAGCUGGAGGACCCCGAGUUCAAGGUGGAGACCCCUCCUCCGGGGGCUGAGGGCGGUGCCUGCUUGGGGAGCCGCCCAGGGGGAGCGGCGAAGGCCGAGGCUGAUGAGAAGAGGUCCGUCCUGGACUGGGUCCAGGCGUUGAUCCUGCGCAGGGACGUGGGCCGCCUGGACCAGCUGCACAAAGAGAAGGACCUCCUCCUCCAGAGAACGAGAGGGGAGCUGCGCGCCUCCCAGCGUAUGGACCUCCUCACCCGGCAGCAGCAGAGGAUGAAAGCCAAGGAGGCCAACCACGCGAACGCCGCGUGGCCCGUCACCCCCCUGGAGGGGCAGCCGGAGGGCGCGCAGCAGGCGGCCCUGGAGGAGCGGGAGGCCUCGGGGAGGCGCCUGCGGGAGCAGGCGGCCCAGCAGCUCUCUAAGGAGAAGGAGGCCUGGGGCAAGACGGAGCGGAACCGGCUGCUGAGGGUCAGGAGGUCCACGCACCAGCAGAAGGAGCACGGGCUGCGGCACCUGAAGCUGGUGGAGGACGCCAGGCGGAACCACCGGGUGGCGGUGAAGUUCCUGAAGGCCUCGCUGGGCAGGGUGCAGGAGCAGGAGCGGCAGCGGGAGCGGGAGGCCCGCGAGCACGUGCAGAGGCGCAUGGACGCCGUGCUGACCCUGAAGAACAGCAUCACGGCCAACCGGGAAACGCUCCGGAAAUUCCAAGCGUGGGGCCAGGCCAGGGCGGAGCUGGCUGUGCAGAAGGCCCGGGCGGAGAAGCAGGCGAUCCUGGCCCAGGGCGGGAACGCUUUCAAGCUCCUCUUCCAUCAGCACCGGCGCCAGGAGCUGGAGGCCCAGAAACGCGCCUUCGAGGAGGAGCAGAGGCUCAGGAAGCAUGAGAUCGUGGGUCGGCUUCUGAAGGAGGAGGCUGAGGAGACCAGGAGGCGGCGGCCGCCAUCACCGCCGGCCACGGCCACGGCCACGGCCACGGCCACCGCCCGGCCCUCCCUGAGGAACAAGACCUGGGACUACCUGGCCGACAUCAGCGAGGGGAGGACGCCCGGGGCUCCCGGCCCAGUGGAGAGCGCCAGCCUUCCCCUCCCCGACCGCUCCGGGCUGAUGCCUGCCGUCUCCAGCGAGUCCAUCCAGGGCGCCUCCGGCAGCCUCAGCUGGGAAGACCAGACGCUGGUGGAGCCGGAAAUCUGCGGGCUCUGGAACCAGGGCCACAAGGCGCACGAGGUGCCCAAGGAGGAGGUGGACCGCAAGCCCGUCGGGGGGACGAAGAUGGAGAAGGACAUCCUGGCCCGCACCGUGGAGCAGCUGCGGAGCAGGGUGGUCCACAAGCAGGUGGCGUCCGGGCGCGAGUUCAAAGGCUGCCCCUUCAACAGCAAGCCCAAGCUCAUCCACUUCAAGGACUUCGACAUCGGCAAAGUGUACAAGAAGAGGAUGACGCUGAUCAACGCCACCUACACCAUCAACUACUGCAAGCUGGAGGGCGUGGACGAGCACCUGCGGGACUUCAUCCACAUCGCCUUCGACCCCCCUGGCGCCAUGUCGGCCGGCAUGUCCUGCGAAGUGCUGGUCACCUUCAAGCCCAUGGUCGAGAAGGACCUGGAGGGAAGGAUCUGGUUUCUGGCGCAGACGGGCCGGUUUUCCGUCCCCCUGAAGUGCUCCAUCAAGCAGUGCUCCCUGUCCCUGGACAAGGAGCUCAUCAACUUUGGCAGCUACGUGGUGGGUGAGACCGCAUCCCGGGUCAUCACCCUGUCCAACAUCGGGGCCCUGGGCACCGGGUUCCGGGUCCAGCUGGAGUCCGAGCCCUGCGAGCUGGAGCUGAACCAGUCGCCCGUGAGAGUGAACAGCCUCUACACCUACGACGAGAGAGGCCUGUACGAAAAAGUCCUCCCCAUCGAGCAGCGGCCCGAAGGCAACGAGCCCUCCCUGAUGGAGCAGGACACGAUGCGCAGCCCAGAAUCAGAGGAUGUGAGCACCGUCCUGCACAUCUUCUCCGAGGAGCAGAUGGAGAUCACGCUGGGAGAGAUCACAGAGGGCUAUAUCGGCCCCUUCAGCUCCAUCAAAGUGCCCAUCGUCUUCUCCCCGGUCACCCCCGGCACCGUCCAGAACAGGUUCCAGUUCACGUUCAAGAACCAGCAGUGCCCGACGUUACACUUCCGAGCCAUCGGUGUGGCGGUGGACGUGCCGGUCUGGGUGCCCAAGUCCAUCGUGGACCUAAAGAUAUGCAUGUUCGACCGGCUGUACCAGGACACCAUCCAGGUCCACACGCGGUCGAAGGCGGCCCUGCGUCUGAAGUUCGAGGUGUGCAAGGAGCUCAGGGGCCACAUGGAGCUCCUGCCAGAGACGGGCUACAUCCAGGCCCUGUCGACCUACUCGGUGCAGCUCAAGUUCCUGCCGCGACACACGCUCCCGGAGGACGCAGGCAAGUACUUCGACCGGGAGAGCCGGAUUCUGGAGGCCCCGCUGACCAUCCGCGUGGCUGACCAGGUCAAGCCCAUCGAGUUCACCGUCCACGCCACCGUCACCACCUCGGACCUGGAGCUCAGCCCCUUGGAGGUGGACUUCGGCUACUGCACCAUCUACGAGGCCGUCAGGACCCCGGUCAGCGUCUGCAACCUCUCCCUCCUGCCCCAGGAGUUUGGGUUCGUCGGGGUCCCCAAGUUUGUGGACAUCCAGCCCAACGACGGCUUCGGGACGAUCCUGCCCCUCGAGACCGUGGAGCUCGACCUCAUCUUCCAGCCCACAAAGGCCAAGGAGUACAACUUCGAGCUCGUCUGCAAGUCGGAGAUCAACCGGUGCUUCAAGAUGACGUGCCGGGCUGUGGGCGUCCACCCACCCCUGCAGCUGUCCCACUACCAGGUCAAGUUUGCAGCCACCGCCCUGUACGACAUGUCGGUGGCCGCCCUCCACGUGAUCAACGCCCACGUGAGCAUGAACUCACUGACGCACUCCGUGCCCCGCAUCGGCUCCGAGGACGCCUGCCCCGUGGGGCCCACGUCCUUCCAGUUCCUGCUGCCCCCCGACUCACCCAUCACCAUCUCGCCCUCAGUGGGGACGGUGUUGCCAGGAAAGAAAUGCCUGGUCCAGGUGACCUUCCGGCCCGUGCUGUCCAACGAACUGAUCCGCCAGCAAGCCAUCCGUGCCCAGGCUAAAGACGGGGAGGUCAAAUCCCACAAGGAGGCGGUCACGCCCCGGAGGGACCGGAGGCGGGUGUCCAUGUCCCUACUGCGGAUGCACAGCCGGGAGCGCCCCUCCCGGGCCUCCGCCUCCCGCGCCGCCCCCCCGCCGCAGAAGCAGCAGGAGAUCAAGAUCAGCUCCGAGGAGUACCAGGUGGCCCGGGCCACCCUGGCCAGGACGUUCCAGGGGAGGUUUGACAAGAUCGUGGUCCCCUGUGUCGUUGCCAGUGGCGACAUCCAAGACAGGAAGGGGACGGAGCCCCUGAGCUUCAGCCCCCACAACACCCUGUUCCUGGAGCUGUGGUGCCCGGCAGUGGCCCCGUCCAUCAUCGUGACGUCUGACAAAGGGCACACCAUCUCCAACUUCGGUGACGUGGCUGUAGGUCACCGGAGCAUCAAGAAGGUGAACAUCCAGAACAUCUCCUCCGAGGACCUGGCCGUGGACUUCUCUGUACUGAACCCCAAUGGCCCCUUCCACCUGCUGAACCCCAUCAGCAAGCUGCCUGCAGGGGACACCCAGGACCUGGUGCUGUCCUUCUCCCCCCAUGAGAGCAGCCUGGCCCAGGAGACGCUGGACAUCAUCACCAAGAGGGGCACCCUCACCCUGACCCUCCUGGGCACCGGCGUGGCCUCCAUGAUCACGUGCUCCAUCGCAGGGGACGUCCUGAACAUGGGCUACGUGAUCGCCAGGGAGUCCGUCUCCUCCACCUUCAAGCUGCAGAACAACUCCUCGCUGCCCAUCAAGUUCUCCGUGCGGCUGGCCAGCCUCUCCGGCUCCCGCCACGAGGAGCUGCAGCAGCUGCCGCGGUUCCUCACCGCGCGCGCCAAGAGGACCGAGGUCGUGGGCACCCAGAACCACAGCGGGCAGAGCGUGUUCAGCGUGGUCCCGGUGUCGGGCGUCAUGGACCCGGGCGCCUCGCAGGACUUCACCGUGACCUUCAGCCCCGACCACGAGAGCCUGUACUUCUCGGACCGGCUGCAGGUCCUGCUCUUCGACAAGAAAGUCUCCCAUGACUUCCUGCUGCGCGGCGCGGCCCGCGAGCACAUGAUGUUCGUGGAGGGCGGAGACCCCCUGGACGUGCCCGUGGAGUCGCUGACGACGAUCCCCGCCGCCAGCUCGGAGCGCCGGGAGGGUGAGCCUCCGAGGGCCCCUCCGCCCGCCGGGGGGCCUGCUCCGCGGAGGAGGGCUCCCCCUCGGCCCCCAACCGGCUCCUCCAUCCCAGAACCUGAAGAGCUGAGGCCCAUCCUGGUGACCCUGGACUACGUGCAGCUGGACACGGACACGCCGGCCCCCCCUGCCACCCGCGAGCUGCAGGUGGGCUGCAUCCGGACCACCCAGCUGUCCGCCAAGAAGACGGUGGAGUUCAGCCUGGACAGCCUGGCGGCCCUGCAGCACAAGGGCUUCUCCAUCGAGCCGGCCAAGGGCUCCGUGGAGCGCGGCCAGACCCGGACCCUCAGCAUCUCCUGGGCGCCGCCCGCCGACUUCGAUCCCGACCACCCCCUCAUGGCGUCCGCCCUGCUGCAGCUCAGGGGCGACGUGAAGGAGACCUACAAGGUCUUCUUUGUGGCCCAGGUGCUGGCCGGUCCCUGAAGCCACAGGGCUCUCUCCGCGGAGCCCCCUAGACCCUCCUGCCCACCCUCGUGGCCCUCCCGGUCUGUGGUCCAGACCAGACCACCCACAGGCCUGGGAGCUGGCACCCCCUGCUGGGCAGCCCUCUGUGUGACCCCACGUUCUGGCCACCCAGCCCCACAGUGCGGCUCCCUGCAGCCCACUCGGAACCAGCAGCUGGGCCAAUCCUGGCACAGCCUGCUCCAGCCUGAGCCCUCAGCCCCCAGCCCGCUCACACCUGCCCCGUGGGAGGCAGGUCUGUCAAUAAACCUUCCAUGUGA